CAGAUCCAGAGAUGGCCGCCAUCGUGUGCUCAUCAGCGUCCACCCACGCGUGCGGUACACGCUGGUGCUCAACCGCGUCCGAGUCUUUGACUCACAGAGCUCGACGGCAGUCACAUCAGGUAUCGACCAGCAGCGACACCUACGCGCGGAACGGAGACAGCCGCAAGGCGCGGACGGUCUCCUACACCCAGGUGCCACGAGCAACUCUAAUGACGAGCCUGAUGAUGAACCGGGGGUCUCUUGGACCAGUGAUGUGCUCAAACAUGGCGAUGACGUAUUUUGUUGGUGGUCAUCGAAUGAUGGGGGGAAUGCAGGUUUCCUUCUCUGGCUUUGAAGAUUGUGGAAUCAUGGCCAAUUUGGAAACACUGGGACUGAGGAUUUGCUCCAUAUCUGGGAGGAAAAUUGAUUUUUCAAGAUUUGCCAAAAGUUUCCCUGUUCUGACAGAGUUAGCCAUGGGUUCUGGGAUUUCAUUUGACUUUACUGGACCCAAGAGUGAGACUGAUGUGGCAAAAUUGAUGCUAUCCAAGCUCCAGAAACUGUAUUUCCAUCAAGCAACCUUUGAUGGAUUGCAGCCCAAACUGCCUCUUGGAGCACUCAAAAACCUGACCUCACUCACAAUUGAAAGUGCUGCGAAGCUAACAAGUCAAGACUUGCAAGAAAUUGCCACAUUGCCCCUUUUAACAUCUCUGGGAUUGACAAGGCUCAUGAUUUUGAAGCUGCGCAGGGCCUCCAGUGUUGAUGACGAUGUCCUGGUGGCUAUUGCACAACAUUUCACAGUUCUAAAGAGUCUUGAUAUCACAGAAUGCACCAGGGUCACUGACACAGGUGUCGCUGCUGUUGUAAGAAACUGUCUUCAGUUGGAGAGCUUGGAAGCUGGGGAAAAUGACCAACUGAGAGGCACUGAUUGGUUGGAUAGACUGCUUCAAGCAAGACCAAGGUUCCAGCAUUUGGCAGUUCCUGGCACUCUUUGUGAAUCAGCAGUUCCUGAAGAUUUGAAGCUCAAGACCAACACUCUUUCCAGAAAAGAAAAUGACUUAUUUCUGUGACUCAAAAUUGUUCAAAUUCCCCCCUUCCCCACAACCCAAUGAGCUAAUAAAUGGAAUUCUCUUUCUUCUGAAAAAA